AUGGCAGUUGGAAAAGAUAAAUUUGAUCCAAAAACGGCUGAUGAGAAAAGAAGCGAGGCGAUCGUGCGUCAAUGUAUCUCAAUUCAUGUUGGUCAAGCUGGUGUUCAAAUAGGUAAUGUAUGUUGUAAAUUAUUUUUUUUAGACUAUGGAAUUCAACUUGAUGGACAAAUGCCGUUAAAUGAAACUAUUGGUAGCGUUGAUGAUUCAUUCAACAUCUUCUUCAUUGAAACACAUGCUGGUAAAUAUAUACCACAAUAG